AUGCUUGCUCUCUUUGGUAUCCUCGCCUUGCUCGGUGGCGCCGCCGCUUGGCCCGACCCUUUCUGGGUUGUGAUGCACGGUAACGCCAUAUUCACCAGUCGUCUCGACCCUAUCGUCAGUCCCGACGCCGUCGCAGGCCACGUCCACUCGGUCAUCGGAGGUACCGCUUUCAGCCCUACAUACUCUUACGCACACUCCACAGCUGCCAAAUCGACCACCGCGAACGUUGAAGUCGAUUUGUCCAACUAUUGGGUUCCUCAGAUGUAUCGAAAGUCCGGGGAUGGUUUCGAGCUUGUCAAGAUGAACCGUGUCAAUACGUACUAUCUCAUGCGUCGAUCCGGUGAUGAUGAAGAAGUUUCUCCCUUCCUCAAAGACUUUCGCAUGCUAGCCGGCGACGCUAGCCGAAACACCUACAACGAGUCGGAUUACACCAACAAUGCUAUCAGCUGCGUCUGCCUUGGCGUUGACGGCUCUCCUCAGACCAAUGCAUUCCCGGAGCAGAGCUGUCCCGACGAUUUAAGGGCUCAGGUAUUCUUCCCAAACUGCUGGGACGGCAUCAACACUUGGCUCGAGGGAAGCAAGCACGUUGCAUACCCCACUUCCAGUGGCCACGAUCAAGGCGGUCCUUGUCCUACUACACAUCCGAAGAGGAUCAUGAGUCUCUUCUACGAAUUCCACUUCUCGGAUGAUUUCGAGUACACCCCUGGCGCGAGGGUGUGGGCUACGGGCGAUGAUCUCGGGUACUCUCUUCGCGGCGACUUCACCAACGGCUGGCCAGAAGGCUACUUUGAAGAGAUCUUCUCAUACAACUCUACCUGCAACGUUGAAUUGUCACUUGAAAACUGUCCUCCCCUUGCCCAAUACUUCUUGAAAGAUGGCGCUGGGACUGUGGUGCCGGAUGAUGACGCUGCUAUUGUCGACGAGGACGUUGGCGUGAACGGUACUAUCCUCUCGGCUUUGCCCGGCAACAACCCCGUCUGGGGACGCAGCGGUCCCAAGUCCCCUGACGCGAGCUAUGUCGAGACUGGCAAGCUUGUGUCUCUCGCCGAUGGGUCUGAGGUGGCUACAUCUGCGGAGGUUUCUGGCACUGUUAGCUCCUCUUCCUCUGUCGUUGUCAGCUCAAGUGCUGCUGCUGCGAGCGGCACUGGCUCUAUCUCGAAUACCGCCCCUUCUUCCUCCUCCCAUUCUUCCGACGCCUUUACAACCGCAGCCCCAUUGUCCUCUUCCGACAACAGCGCAGUUGCCUCAUCGACUCAAACGGCCUCAAAGGUGAUUGCUACUAAUGUAGCUGCUGUCAUCGAGAGUUCUUCCGUCUCUCUUUCGUCUUCUUCUUCAGAUUCUGGUUCUACCGCCACUGGCACCGGUGCGUCUUCCGAGACCGGGUUGGCAGCGCAUAAGACUUGCGCGAGGAGAAAGAGAUCCAGGAUGAACUGGUAG